AUGCCAGCCAAAGAAUUCAGGAGUGCCUCAUUGGUCUGCUAUGAGAAGGUUUUGUACAGACCAGUGAAAGGGUAUGUUCAGUCCUGUAAAUGCACAUGUAGUCAAAAGAAGUCAUAUUGCAGCAGCAGAUUUAGCCCUGAAAAGAAUUUUAGAUGCUGCCUGGAGAAAUCAUGCUAUAUAUUUGAUAGACAGGAAAAUGGUACUAAAAUGCAAGAGAGCAAGAAAUUAAUGGAAGCUGAAGAAGCAUCAGAUUGUCCGGCAAGAUAUGCCUCUUCUGACGGUUCCUGUUCAAAGGGGCGUAGUCCUUAUUCAAGUGAAAGCACAAUCCCACCGAAAGGGCUAAAGGGCACAUCCCCUGAUAGUGAUAACCAGUCCGUUUCUUCUCAGUUUCAGCUUUCAAAAGUAAGCACAACCUCAUCUUGUAGCCAUGUACAUCUAAAGCUCCCGGACUGUGAUCAAUUGGAAGCUAAAUUCAGAGCUCUCAAGAAAGAGCAUCAGCUAAGAAUCAAUGCAGCCAGGCAUGGCUUGAAUCUUACAUGA